AAUUAUAUGUUGUAUGUAUGUAUAUUUUCUUUUUUCAUCGACGAUACAAGUGCGUGGAAUGGUUUAUAGAAACAAGGCCUAUUGUUACUUCAUUUAGCAGUAAUGAAUCUUUAUUUUGCAAAAAUAUCAACUGUUAUUGUAUAAAAGUGUUAGGAAUCUAAUAAUUUGAUGUGUCGUGCUAUAUCUCAAAGUGAAAUGUGGUCGAUGACAGUGUAAAACGGUGCUCGCUACAGCUUGCAAGAUCAGAAAUCAAGCAGACCGUGUCGUAACCAGUUUAUGAAAAAUUAAUAUGAAUUAUGUUAUUUUAAAUAACAUGCAACUGUGAUCUCCGUUUUGUGACUAGUUAUAUUUUUUAUACUUGUGUAUGAAUUGUGGUGGGCUUUAGUGCAAUUUGUUUGUUUCCUAUAUAUGAACAAGUGCUAAGAAAAGGAUGAGUUCAAACAAUUCUAAUGCAACAGCAUUAACACGGCCACAGAUGCCUUUGCGGCAAAUUGACUUAGACCAGAUAUGGGGUGACCUAAGACAAGGCAUCUGGCAAGUGUACAAUAGAGAAGUGAUCGUGAAAAACAGAUAUAUCUACUUGUAUACACACGUGUAUAAUUAUUGUACGUCAGUGCAUCAGCAGAGCGGCAGCACUUCGUCUGGCAGGAACAGUGGCAGCAAUAACUACGGCUCGCGCGGAGUUCACACUAGUAACAGAAAACAGCAAGUGCAAGGCGGCGCUCAAUUUGUCGGCCUCGAACUCUACAAGAGGUUGCGGGAAUUCUUGAGACUUUAUCUUAUCAAUUUACUGCAGAAUGGAGCUGAUCUCAUGGACGAGGACGUCCUGGCGUUCUAUACUAAGCAAUGGGAGGAGUACCAGUUCUCGUCCCGGGUACUCAAUGGAGUCUGUUCCUAUCUCAACAGGCAUUGGGUUAAGCGCGAAUGCGAAGAGGGACGAAAGGGUAUCUACGAGAUCUAUCAGCUGGCUUUGGUGACGUGGCGCGAUCAUCUGUUCAAGUGCCUCAACAAGCAGGUCACCAACGCUGUGCUCAAACUCAUCGAGAGAGAACGCAACGGAGAAACUAUUAAUACUAGACUUGUGUCUGGGGUAAUCAACUGUUACGUAGCGCUAGGGUUGAACGAGGAGGACCCAAGUGCACGCGGUCAGAACCUGGCCAUAUACAAGGAUACCUUCGAGGCUGUCUUCCUCGAGGACACAGAGCGCUUCUACACCCGAGAGAGUACUGACUUUCUGAGGAAUAGUCCUGUCACUGAAUACAUGAUCAAGGCGGAGCAGCGACUGCAGGAGGAGCAGCGACGAGUGCAGGUGUACCUGCAUGAGACGACCGCCGAGCGUCUCGCAAAGACCUGCGAUAGGGUGCUCAUAGAGAAGCAUCUAGAAAUAUUCCACGCUGAAUUCCAGAAACUACUAGAUGCGGAUAAGAACGCGGACUUGGGGCGUAUGUACAGCCUGGUGGCUCGUAUCCCGGACGGUCUUUGUGAGCUGCGGCGGCUGCUAGAGCAGCAUAUCCACGUCCAGGGUCUGCAGGCCAUCGACAAGUGCGGCGAGACCGCGCACACGGACCCGAAGGUUUACGUAUCGACAAUUCUUGAAGUUCACAAGAAGUACAACGCGCUGGUGCUGGUCGCGUUCAACAACGACUCCGGCUUCGUCGCUGCACUGGACAAGGCCUGCGGCAGAUUUAUUAACAGCAAUGCGGUGACAAAGGCAGCCAACUCUUCCUCCAAGAGUCCGGAACUGCUCGCCAAGUACUGCGACCUGCUGCUCAAGAAGUCCAGCAAAAACCCAGAAGAUGCUGAAUUAGAGGAUACUCUCAAUCAAGUGAUGGUUGUAUUCAAGUAUAUAGAAGACAAAGACGUCUUCCAGAAAUUUUACAGCAAAAUGUUGGCAAAACGACUUGUACAGCACAUGUCUGCUAGUGAUGACGCAGAGGCAUCAAUGAUCUCAAAAUUGAAACAAGCUUGCGGAUUUGAAUACACCAGCAAACUGCAGAGAAUGUUCCAAGACAUUGGCGUAUCGAAGGAUCUGAACGAGAACUUCCGCAAGCACAUGGCGAAUACAUCGGAACAGCCGCUGCACAUCGACUUCAGCAUCCAGGUGCUCUCCUCCGGCUCCUGGCCAUUCCAGCAGUCCUCCUCCUUCCAGCUCCCUACUGAGUUGGAGCGUUCUGUGCAUCGUUUCACGACGUUCUACUCGUCACAACAUUCGGGCCGCAAGCUCAACUGGCUCUAUAACAUGAGCAAGGGCGAGCUUGUCACCAACUGCUUCAAGAACAGGUACACGCUGCAGGCGAGCACUUUCCAGAUGGCGGUACUGCUGCAGUACAAUGAGAACACCACAUGGACUGUUCGCCAGCUCGAGCAGCACACCGGCAUUAAGGGAGACUUCCUCAUACAGGUUCUACAAAUCCUGCUGAAAGCGAAACUGCUCGUUUGUCAAGACGACGAGUCCGAGCUGACGGAGUCCUCAGUCAUUGACCUGUACCUAGGCUAUAAGAACAAGAAGCUUCGUGUGAACAUCAACAUCCCGCUGAAGACGGAGCUGAAGGUGGAACAGGAGGCUACGCACAAACACAUCGAGGAGGACAGGAAGAUGCUCAUACAGGCUGCGAUCGUGAGGAUAAUGAAGACCCGUAAGACGCUGAAGCACCAACACCUCGUGGUCGAGGUCCUCAACCAGCUGUCGUCGCGCUUCAAGCCGCGAGUGCCCGUUAUUAAGAAAUGUAUCGACAUAUUAAUCGAGAAGGAAUAUCUGGAGCGUACCGAGGGCGAGAAGGACACAUACAGUUACUUGGCGUGAUGUGCGCGCUCGCCUCGCCCCGCCCCCCGCGCCGCAAGCCACGCCCCCCG